AAAAUCAAAUAUAAGUAAAUGGAAGGAAAAAUUAGAAACAGUCCUCGCUCCGACACCUGCCUCCGCGAGAGGUAAACCCCUCGGCCGAUUCCAGCGCUCGCUCGCGGAAAUCCAAUCCACCACCUUCCUUUACCCCCCUCCCCUGCCUCUCCUGUUGCUGUCCCCAUCGCCCACCGCGGAACCCCUCCCCGUUUUGGUCUCCCCAGCGAGAUCGGAGGCCCCCCGAAUCGAUCGAGAUCGAUUGGACUCCGGGAGCUCCGAUCGAAGAGUCCGGCUGUGGUGGUGGUGGUGGUGGUGGCGGCGAUCGACCGUGGUACGGAUGAGUGGUGGAUGGUCGCGCUGAUGAAGAUCGUUAGGCCAUGCUGGAAGCCGGCGCCGGAGGAAGGGAGAGGCCGCGGCGGCGGGUCUCCCGCCCGCGCCGAUGGCCUCCUCUGGUACAAGGAUCUCGGCCGCCACGCCGUGGGGGAGUUCUCCAUGGCGGUGGCGCAGGCGAAUAACCUGCUGGAGGACGGUAGCCAGAUCGAGUCCGGGCCGCUGAGCUGGAGCGAGGAGGCGCCCGGGCCCCACGGCACGUUCGUCGGGGUCUACGACGGGCACGGCGGACCCGAGGCGUCGCGCUACAUCAAUGAGCGUUUGUUCUUCCACCUCAAAAAGUUUGCUUCGGAACAGCAAGACAUGUCAGUAGAUGUCAUAAAGAAAGCAUUUUCAGCGACAGAAGAGGGAUUUAUCUCUUUUGUAAGAAAGCAGUGGUUCACUAAGCCGCAGAUUGCCUCUGUCGGUUCAUGUUGUUUGGUUGGUGUUGUAUCUGGGGGAAUACUUUAUGUUGCAAAUCUUGGGGAUUCCCGUGCAGUGCUUGGGAGAUUUGACGGAGGGUUUAGAGAGGUUACAGCGGUCCAAAUGUGCCCCGAGCACAAUGCGAGCUUUGAAUCUGUGAGAGAGGAAUUGCAUUCAUUGCAUCCCAAUGACCCACAGAUUGUGGUUUUGAAGCAUAAGGUUUGGCGUGUCAAAGGCCUCAUACAGGUUUCAAGGUCCAUUGGAGACGCGUAUUUGAAAGACGCAGAGUUCAACCGUGAACCUCUACUAUCAAAAUUUCGACUUCCUGAACCCUUCCAAAAACCAAUCCUUAGUGCCGAGCCAUCGAUAGUGACACAUAAACUCUGUCCUGAAGAUCAAUUUAUAAUAUUUGCAUCAGAUGGUCUAUGGGAGCAUUUGAGCAAUCAAGAAGCUGUGGAUAUGAUCCAGAACUACCCUCGUAAUGGUAUAGCAAGAAGACUUGUCAAAGCUGCACUUCAAGAGGCAGCAAAGAAAAGAGAAAUGAGAUAUUCUGACCUGAAAAAGAUCGAUCGUGGAGUGAGGAGACACUUCCAUGAUGAUAUAACCGUCAUAGUGCUAUUUCUAGAUCCUGCUCUAAUAAGUAGGAACUUCUACCAUGGUCCUGUACUUUCACUUAAAGGAGCUGGUGUCCCUGUCUAAGCAGAAUCGAGUCUGGAGUUCCCUGUUGCUUCAUCCAGGGUCUGUCUCCCAACAGGAGUUAGAAUCUUCUCUUACUCUUCUAGCUCGGAACUGCAGUUUCAGGCUGUCAGCAAAACACGUAAAUUUCAUUGAUCAAAGGCAAGAAGCAUUAUAUCACCAGGAUGGAGGCUUUUAUCUAACGUGACAAUCUGCAAUUUUGCUUUUGAAAUAGGGAUGAUUAGCAAUUAUGAUUACUGUUGUUGGUUUGACUUGACAGUGAAAGGCUGGCUUCAAUUGUGUCAAAAUCUUGUUCGAAGUUACUGCCUCUGAACUGCAGGUAUAGGGAUUCGAGUGGUGUAUAAUUUUGUUUGUGAAAUAACAGUUAUGUUUCUACUUCCUGUUGAGUCAGAAUAUUAUUGGACUACUGAGCCAUUUCGUUUA